UUUGCUUGUGGUUCAUUUUCAGUUUUGUUCCGUCUGAUAAAGCAUUUGCGCUGCGUCGGUUGCAUCCAGCAUGUAAUCAACUGAAUUUUGGUUUACUUUCUUUCAUCCAACCCAUCCAACAGCUCCAGUAUGGCCGACUACGAUCCACCGCCAGGAACAGCUUACGAUCCAGCAUGUCCGCUGGAUAGUGACGAUGAACAAAUUGGUGCCGAUGACUUCACAUCCAAUCCAUUAGCAACAAGUGCCUCAAACUAUUCAAAUAACGGUAACGAGCGAAGCACAGCGUCUACCAAAAGAAGCGUUUUAAGCACACAGCAAAUUCCAUUGAAACGCGCCAAAAAGACCAGAUGGUCCGGUCCAGUUCAGUGCGUCACUCCGAUUCAACGACCUGCUCAGGUCCAGUAUCCUACUCCGGUUCCGUAUCCUAUUGCUCCGAUUCAGAAUAUCGCUGCUCUGGUUCAAUAUCCUGCUACUCGAGCUCAUCCUGCUGCUCCGAUUCAGUAUCCCGCUGCUCCAGCUCAGUAUACCGCUGCUCAAGCUCAGUAUCCUGCUGCUCCAGCUCAGUAUCCUGCUGCUCCAGCUCAGUAUCCCGCUGCUCCGGUUCAGUGUCCUGCUGCUCCAGCUCAGUAUCCUGCUGCUCCAGCUCAGUAUCCUGCUGCUCCAGCUCAGUAUCCUGCUGCUCCAGCUCAGUAUCCUGCUGCUCCAGCUCAGUAUCCUGCUGCUCCAGCUCAGUAUCCUGCUGCUCCAGCUCAGUAUCCUGCUGCUCCAGCUCAGUAUCCCGCUGCUCCGGUUCAGUAUCCCGCUGCUCCGGUUCAGUGCCCCGCUGCUCCAGUUCAGUAUCCCGCUGCUCCAUUUCAGUGCCCUACUUCAGUUCAGUUCCCUGCUCCGGUUCAGAGUCCCGCAUCGAAUCCACCUGAGGAAGUUUUCUGUGCAAGGGCCUAUUCCAGAACAGAUUUGUACCCCACCGAACUGGAUCCAAAAUGCUAUCCAGCCUGGACACUAUCACCCUACUGGCCAAUUUAUGUAUCCAAUUUUCGACUGAACAGCUUGGAUAUGGCCGAUAGAAAUGCUCAAAUUUCCACUUACUUUGCUAGCAAAGGACUUCUCAGUAGAAUGAUUUACAUUCGGGAAAACGAUGAUCCUUUCUUCGAGACUCAUCAGUCUAAAACGCUACUUUUGGACAUGCUCGUUUAUUUCACAAGUAAAGAAGACGCCGAACGGGCAAUUCGAUGCUGCGAUAAGACGACAUACUACGGACAUGUGUUGAAUGUUUACCCUGGAAGAUCUCCAGAGUAUUUUGAUCCCAGUCGAACGGUACGGUUCCAAAUUCCGGAAGAAUAUUCCGUCGAGCAUACGGAAACCCCAACGGAGCUUGGUUUCAAAUGCAGAGGCCCGGGCAAUAUCUCCACAAUAGUCAAGCAUUCCGUAACUGAGCUGUUUGUUGAAUUUGAAGACGAGUAUUCCAUGAACCUUGCUGUUACACAAUGCCUCCUAUGGAUACCCUCACGUCCCGGGCCCCGUCUUGUCCGAAAGCAACGUUUUCUGGAGCAGGACUGCAAAUACGAAAUGAUGUUCUUCAUCCAGCAGAAUUCCGGCUUCAUCGAUCAACUGCCACCGGAAAAUGUGCUACAGUGUUUACUAAGCGGGAAAUUACCGAGGGUGCAGAACGAUUGGGAUGGCUGGACAUUCCCGAGAGAACUACCCGACGCAACUCGUGAUUCAAUCUACCGUGAUAAAAUGCGGCGGAAGCAAGAUUUGAAGGAUAAGAAUGCCGAAACCGAUGAAUUGCCUGAAAGCCACAUAGAGAAGGUAACACGUCAGAAGGAAAUAUUUUUCUACAGCAACAUCCAACCAGUCCAAAUGCCGCUGAAAAAGAAAAACUUCAGUGUGAAUCGUGAUGCUGUCUACCGAGAACGAAUGAAAAAAGUGGAUGAGAAGCAAAAGUCGUUUGAACAGAAGCUGAACAUGAUUGUUAUGCCGCAGAAUUCUAUGAGUUGUGAGACUACACUGACUCAGAAUCAAAGGGUUACUCCUUUAACCAAAGCUCGAAACGCAUUUGGUAGUGCUGAUAAAAAGGAAAGGCUGUUCGAAAAGAAGAAGAAACUAUUUUUAACCAAAAAGAAACAACUUUUAACGCAGGAAGAAUUGCCAACUCUUGCCUUUCGGAAUAAGCUGUUCUUCGAACUGCUCAUAUUGGAAAGAUUCCUUGGAAAACUGAAAGGCCAAAUCAAAGGGCUCCAGUUCGAUGAACUCCGGACAGGUGUUAUACCGGCGAUAAUCAAUACGGGUUUACGAGCAAGCCUCUCCAAGUACUACACCUUUCCUCCGACCAAAUUGAAUCUCUCUGACGUGCAGGAACCAUUGGAUACGUUGACGCCAGUUUUUGUGUCCAACUUCUUCGUUCAAGAUCUGGACCCGAAGCUUCGAAACCAGCAAAUCAAGAACUUUUUCGCAGCAAAAGACUUAUCCGUGUAUAUGGUCUAUCUGGAUGAAAAAGAUGAGUUCUACAACUCCUACUUAAAACAUGUCAAGCUGUUGGACAUGUUGGUAUAUUUCUCCACCAUAAAAGAGGCUAGCCAAGCCAUCCACUGUUUCAAAGGAUCUAUGCAUCAUGGGCAUAAGUUGAGUGUUUUCUCUGGACGGAAGGACAUUUACUUCGUACCUGAUAGAACAGUAAACCUGAAGUUGGAUGGAGACCCAAACGUUGCAGAAAAAGCAAUCGAACAAUUUUUGUCAUCUGCCGAUGUUCCACUGGAAGACCUCAACAUUGUAAUGCGAUAUCCUGGCAAAGCCUUAUUCACGUUCGCCCAAAAAAAACAAGCGAAAAGCAUAGCACAGCUUGGGUUGUCUGCAACGUUGGUAACAAAACCGAUGCCGAGGAGGCAACGGUAUACCGAAAGCGACGUGAAAUCCGAUCUCCUGCAGAGGAUUCUGCACGACGCCGCUUUCCUGGAGCAUCAACCAACGGCAGUGGAUGAACUGAAGGGCUUAUUUGCGGUCAAAUCGAUAGAUUCUGAGCAGAUAGUCUGGGAGGGUGAGUAUCACAAGCGAAAGGAAUUGAAUGACCAAGUCAGUAAAGUGUUGAUUGAGUGGAAAAAACUACAAAUUAAUCGGCUGAAAUUGUCAUAAAACUGAGCGAAGCGGGUUUGAAUACGAUUGGAAUAUUUAAUGAGUAAAACUUCAGUCGUUUCGUUCUAAUAUAAUCCGAGCAGGCUCGGAGUAAAUACAAGAUGAAAAACUAGUAAGCAGUGUUUAGAUUUUGAUUCUACUACUUCUAUAUUGUCUAUC